UCUCUUGUCAAGGGUAUAGAAGUACGAUUAGCGUUGGCUAGCUAUUUAUAUCGUUUUAUGUGCGCAUUUUUUUUAUGUUGUACUCCUUGUUUACGCCUGACCGUUUAUCCCGCGCUGCGAAGGCGAUCUUCGGCAUCGCUCUUCUCGUAUAGAAGGACGACCAUCUUAUUUAUCUCUGCGCUGUCUCACUGUCCCGGCUUCAUUGGAUUGGAGUACUCCCAUGGGUGCAUGGGUAGUUCUGAUGGAGCUCAUUUCCCAGGGAAAACUUUUAAUUCGUCAAACACAUCAAAAGCGAGCCCACGGCCGUACGAAAAGUCCUAUCAUGCAAACACGUUUUCUGAAAGCAGUAAAGGAGACGCCAACUUUCAAAGUGAAGAAAAUUGCAAAACCAACCAUGAGGAAAGACAAAAUUCUUCCAAGUCCACCUCAGCUGAAGAGGAGGAACGGGGUAGUAACAAUACUCACUUCGAUGCUGAAUGGGACAAGACCCACAAUAAGGGCACCGCAACAUCGCGCGAGCGACUAGGGAUCGCAAAAAAAUGGGAAAACGCCUUUUUUGGCCGCAAUCUUUACGAACCAGGCAUGCGGGAGCACUUUCAGGAAGCGGUUCAGAGUGAAGCGCAGGACGAGCUUGGUCGAAAGUCAUUCACAGCGCUCCUUCCAAGCUGGCCCGAAGACGAGGCGACCCCUCUCGAGGAGUUCCGUCAAGUCCCGGCUGUGUUGCGGCUGCGCUUUAUCAUCCACCGCCUCACAAUGGCCGAACGGCGAAUCCGCUACGCGGUGGAUUACGGCAGCCUGUCGAUGAUGUACCAACUCAACCUCGGCGAGCUGAUGCUGCACGAUGCGGAGGUGCUGCUGAAGGCGAUGGAUUGGCUAAAUGACGAGGUUCAAGAGCGGAUUGAGGAUUUGAAGGGAAUUGUCGUUAGGGUGAAGUAUGACUACGAUUUGGAUUGAGGCAUGGUUUUAAAAGAAA